CCUUGCCUAGCGGCGGUAGGCUCAUCAAAGGAAUUCCUGCUACAGAGAGCUUUACAUUUCUCUACCUGAGGAGGGCGCUGCCAUCCUGAUAGUGUCAUGGCCCUGGAGUCCACCUAGCACCUCUGCAAUACUUCACCAGCGUACACUAUCUGAUGUUGAGGCUGAGUGUGCGGUGUCUAAACACCAAAAAUGAACAGUGACGUCCAUGGACGGUUUGACAACCACCACCGUCAGAGGGUGGAGGAGGUGCAGAGCAGCCUGCUGGAAGUGGCAGUGGAGACUGAGAGGGGCCUAGAGGAGAGGGUGAGGCAGCUGCAGAGAGAACUGCAACGAGCUCGGGAUGAAAGCAGACACUGCAAAGAGCAGCUGACGGUUCUCAAGGAACUGGUCAAAGCGGCAUUGCAGGGACAGUGUGUGGCCAUUACUGAAGUCAGCAGGAUUGUUGGUGUCCCCGCGCCUCUUAUAACUGUUCCUGUAGACGAUAAAGCCCAGGCACACCUACAAAUCCAGGGUGAUGACCAAGAGCCCAGUCCGAGGAAGGAGAGUCGGGGAGUCGGGAGAGUACUGUGGCGGCUCCCAACAAACAAAGGAAGGCAGGACUGCAGUAGAGAUAAGGCAGCUGCCGUCAAGAACCAGCAGAGGGAUGAGAAAGAUAUGAUUAGCCAAACAGAUCAGAUUCAUCUUCAGGAGCACCGGGAUGGUCUGGAGAUUACCAGCUCAAAAAGAAAGAUUUCCUCCCCAGAGCAUAAGAUAACCAUAGAUAACCAUAGAGACUUUGAAGGUAGACAAACACUUCCACACAACCACGUGGACUACUCCCAAAGCAAGGAGGAGAGACACAGGAACAGGAAUAGCAAAACACAGGGCUUAAAAGAUGGCUCCAUACAGAUGAAGAACUACACACAAGACAAGAAGACACAAGACAAGAGGAACUACUCCGAGGAGAUGUGCAAAAGUGAGGCCAUCCAAGGUGGGAAAGAUGGCUGCCGCACAGACAGGAGGAGCUACCCCCAAUGCACGAAGGACUCCCCACAUAAACACACUGUCAACACGAACUUGAAAGCCAGAAUCUCAGAAGGUUUAAUCGAAAGAGCACAGUGUCCCACGGAUGGCAGUGGAACGAGGAGUGUUAGAACUGGUGGGUUUGGGAGAGGGACCAUGAGGAUGUGGAGGAUUCCCUCCUGCUCAGGAGUAGACAGUUCAAGGCCUGGUGACCUGUGUGACGAUCACCUGGAGAGAAAGAGGGUGGUCUUUCACAGGGAGAUUAUGACCACUGAUGACAUGAUCUUUUGAGUGGAACACACUAUGAACCAUUUGCAUACACAAGAUUUGCAGAAUAGUGCAAGGCAAGGCAAGGCAAGUUUAUUUAUAUAGCGCAUUUCAUACACAGGUGCAACUCAAUGUGCUUCACAAAGUUAACAAAUGUAAAUGAAAGGAAAACAGGGAAAUGAAUUAGAGUCAAAAAAAACAUUUAAGACAUUAAGAUAAAACAUAAGGUAAAAAUAAUAAUAAAAUAAAACAUAAAUAAACAUAAAACCUUGAAAAACAAUUCUUAUUUUACUAAUUUACUUCUCUUAUUUUACCGUCUUUUCAUUCAAUAAUUUAAGAAAGCAUCUGAGAACAGCUUUGUCUUGAGUCUAGAUUUAAAGCUAUCAAUAGUGGGUGCAUUUUUUACGUCAUCUGGAAGCUGGUUCCAAAGCUUUGAAGCAUAGAAGCUAAAGGCUGCCUCUCCACAUUUUGUUUUGACUUUUGGAAUCACCAGCAAAUU